ACUUCCGGGUGGAUGAUAAUUUUCCCUGUCAUGUUAUUGAGCAAUGCUGAGAUCCAUUAUCCAUCGACCAAAGACACUGUAAAAUAUUGAAAGUGAGGAAAAAGAAGUCAUGUUGAAAUCAUAACGAACAGACUUGCAACAUACAGGUAUUUCCAUUAAGCAACACAAUGGAGGACUAUAAAUACCUAUUCAAGGUGGUUCUUAUUGGGGAGGCGGGUGUUGGAAAGACUUGUCUUGUCCGCAGAUUCACUCAGGGCUUAUUUCCCCCUGGCCAAGGAGCAACCAUCGGAGUGGAUUUCAUGAUCAAAACAGUAGAAGUAGAUGGGGAGAAGGUCAAGCUGCAGAUCUGGGAUACAGCAGGCCAGGAACGGUUCCGCUCCAUCACACAGAGUUACUACCACUCGGCUAAUGCCCUGAUACUGGUGUAUGACGUCUGCUGCCAACAGUCCUUUGACAGUCUUCCAAUGUGGAUAGAGGAGAUAGAGAAAUAUGCCAGUACCCAAGUCUUUAGCUAUCUUGUUGGAAACAAAAUUGAUCAGAUCAACCAAGUUGAAAUCCCACAAUCCAUUGGUCAGCAGUUUGCAAAUCGUUACGAGAUGAAGUUCUUGGAGACAUCUGCAAAAGAGGCUGACAAUGUUGAUAAACUGUUUUUUGAUAUUGCACAUCGGCUGACUGCCCAGGCAAAACAACAGGAACUGGAGAUAGACAAACCAGUCGACUUCAACGCCGACAACACCACAAAUAUCUCCAACUGUUCAGGCUGCUUAAAGUUUUGACAGUCCUGUUCAAUGACUUAAGAAAUUGGUUGCUUCAGCAGAAUUUUUGAAUGUUUGAUAGUCUUAUUCAUAUAGACCCUUUAUCCUGCUGUAGUGUAUAGAUAUCACUCAUAUCAGUGUCAAGGGUCUACAUGAAGUAGACUAAACAGCAGGUAUUGGUUGUCUGAGCUGUACACAUGUCUAUGUAAUCAGCUUUAGUGCUGUCCAAUAUUUCUCUUCAUCAUCGGAUGUUUGGAGAUCCAGCAUCAGAGAAACGUUUGUUGCCAUUGUAAUAUUGUAGCAAGCACUUCAUGUGAUUCAGUGCUUGUAGAUUAUUUUAUUUACGUGAAUUAAAUCCAUUUUGUCUGCAGUUUUAUGCAAAUUUAUUGAUGGGAACUUCAGGAGAUGCAGGAGCUGGUUAAAUUCCUGUUAUGACCUUUGAAGAAUAAGUAAAACACUAGAGAUAAUGUUUCAAAAUAAAAGUUUUUCAAUAAAACACACACAGUAUCAUAGAAUACAAAUUAUACAAUGGUAUUUGUUU